CUGCCAUGGCGACGGAGAACCUGUUGAUACAACGUGUAUCUGAUGUGAUGGUGAGCGGUGGUCCGACCGUGAAGUCAACACAGGGAUGAGAAGCAAGAAGAGAAACACAGGUGUGAUCACCUUCCACACACCUGUACCUGUCAGCAUGUUCAAAUCAGAGGAGUGCAUGGCAUAUGUGAAGGACGCCACAGGCCGCAGAGAGAGCCCGUCUCAGCCGAGGACGAGGACAAGGAGCACCAGUAAAUGUGUAAGAGUAGAGAAAGGAGAUGAGGCCUCAUCCUCUGGUCCACGGCCGGACACAAAACAGGCCUGUCUCUCUCAUGCCUCCCUCAGACGACUGCAGGCAAAGAUGGAGGCUGAAAAUCAACAGGUGAAGGACAUAAUCCAACCGUUACUGGCUACAGAAAAUGGUUUUGUGAAGGGGUUGGAGAGCUUUCUGAGCCGACGGGAUGUAACAGAGCUGAGGAGGAGGGAGCUGCUGCACAAGCGCUGGACUGAGAGUGUAUGGUUUCCCCUCCAGAGGAGAGUGGAGGAACAUGUGUCCAGCUGCAGCCCCGUGGCGGCCAAGAAGCGCCUUAGCUUAUACAGUGACUACAUCCAUCACUACAACACCAAGGGCUUUGUGUCUCUAGAUGUCUAUGAUCCAAGGGAAUACGAUCCGUUACUUCUCCACAUCAAAAAGCCACACUUCUUCAAGCUCAGUACAGCUGACUUAAAGGACCCAUUGUACCUUCAGUUACAUGAAAGACUGAAGAGAACAGACCGUUCUUGUGAAUCAGGAUGUAAAUACACGAGGAGACAAGUAGAGAAGCUACCUCAGAGUGCUCGUCCUCUUAGUGAGUUUGCGACGUCUCUGAGCGACACUCUGCUACAGGCCUCAUCUAAUCGUCGACGCACUGCCUCCAGAAAAACUCCAGUGGAGGACGAGACUGAAGGAAGGUCCAGCAGAUGUGUCCCAUCCAGACUCGACACCGUACCGUACCACAUCAGGGCAACUGCCACACCAGAUGGAUGGUGCCAUCACACCGGCUGCUGGUUCUCCAGAUGUGGACGUCGGCCACAACCAGCAAAUUCGGAUCAGCUUCAGUCCUCGCCGACAUCCGAAUAAAAUCCAUAUUAAGCAUAAA